AUGGCGUUCGUUAAGUGGAAGAUAAGUCAGCGAUUGCUGGUUUUCUUUUGGAUUUUAUCUUUUUCAAAUAUUUUGUGUUUUAGUGAGUUGUCUUUUGUAACUGAACCCAGUGACAGGAUGGUGUCUCAUAAUGAUCAUGUAGUGAUGGACUGUCUGGCCCAAGGAGAGCCACCUGUGGACAUCAGAUGGAAGAAAAACGGGGUCAGGCUUUUAGAGAGUGACCAUGUCCGUUUCAUGCCCAAUGGAUCACUGCAUCUCUCUUUCGUAAGGAGAGAUGGAGAACAAUCAGAGGAAGGCUUCUAUCAGUGCCUCGCUUCUAACAAAUAUGGAGCCAUCUUAAGCCAAAGAGCUCGACUAACAAUCUCAAGUAUCUCAUCUUUUGUGGCCCAGCCCUCACCUGUAGUAGUUAGUGAGGGCUCUGUUGCCAGGUUUGCCUGUAGUGUCAAUGCCAGGCCACCAGCCAUUAUUACAUGGGAAGUAAACCAAAGAGCUCUGCCCUUGGUGACAGAGAGAAUCACAGUAUUGUCAAAUGGAGUGUUGCAGAUUCAUGAGGUUAAACCAGAGGAUGCUGGGAUGUACCGCUGUGUGGCCACCAACAUUGCUAAUCGACUAAAAAGCAGAGAGGCCAUGCUUACUGUCAACCCAGUGUCUGGAGUCAGACCACUCAUGAAGCCCCAGAUCAUUGCAGGGCCUCAGAACAUCAGUACCAGCCUGCACCAGACUGCGGUUUUGGAGUGCGUAGCAGAUGGAAAUCCUCGCCCCCUGGUGUCUUGGAGCAGGGCGGACUCCAAGCCUAUAGAUGUUUUUGGUGCCAGAGUGCUGGGGAAUGGCAAUCUGAUCAUCUCUGUUGUGAAGGCCCAACAUAGAGGAGUUUACUUGUGCAGAGCAACAACACCACGGACACGGAACUACACCAUUGCUGCAGCAAAUCUCACUGUGCUUGUGCCACCGUCUUUAGUGGAGAAACCAGAGAGCCAGACACGGCCCAGGGCGGGCACGGCUCGCUUCAGCUGCCAGGCAGAAGGAGUACCUGCUCCCCACAUCACCUGGCUGAAGAAUGGAGAAAUCAUCCACUCCAAUGGCAGGAUUAAAAUGUACAACAGUAAACUGGUGAUAACCCAGAUCAUCCCUGAGGACGAUGCCAUCUACCAGUGCCAGGCUGAAAACUCGGAGGGCUUGGUUCUGUGCAUGGCGCGGCUUAUUGUGGUCAUGUCUGAAGACCGGCCCAGCGCACCCCGCAACAUCCGCGCAGAGACCAUCUCCAGCUCUGCCAUCUUACUGGCCUGGGAGAGGCCUCAGUACAAUGCUGAGAAAGUCAUCGCCUACUCUGUGCACUACAUGAAGGCAGAAGGUCUGAACAAUGAAGAGUACCAGGCAGUGAUUGGGAAUGACACAACCAGCCAUAUUGUGGAUGAUCUGGAGCCAGCAUGCAGCUACACGUUUUAUAUAGUGGCGUACAUGCCCAUGGGAGCAAGCCGCAUGUCUGAGCAAGUCAGCCAGCACACACUGGAGGAUGUACCCCUCCGCCCCCCUGAGCUCAGCCUUUCCAGCCAUAGUCCAACUGACAUCCUGGUGUCCUGGCAGCCUCUUCCUGUCAAGCUGAGUCGUGGGCGUGUUUCCGCCUACCGCCUGUCCUUCCGUACAGCUGCGGACGACCAGGUGAGCUCACUGGAGCUGCCUGGCGUGGGGGAGAACUCCACACAGCACCUUCUCCAAGGCCUGCAACCAGACACCAUCUACCUGCUCCGCCUGGCAGUGUCCACCCGCAUGGGCUGGAGCCAGCCCUCGGCUUGGAGCUCCCACCGCACACCCAAAGCCUCCAGCGCCACUGUGCUCCCUGCCCCUAAUGUAGAGCUGGAGCCCUUCAACUGCACUUCUAUUACUGUACGCUGGCAUCCUGCAUCCAGUGAUGCUGUGGUCCAGGGUUACAAACUCUCCUGUUACCCUGAUGGUCAAUCAGAGAGCUUAACUAUCCAGCUCCGUCCACAGGAUUACCAGCACACUAUUGCAGGACUUGAUCCAAGGAGAAAGUACCAUGUGAAAGUGCUUGCCUACAGCUCUCAUGGUGAUGGCUAUGAGGCACGUCAGAUUGUCAGCACUCCGGGCUGCCCUUCUGCUCCCAACCGGAGAUUGGCCACACUGCCUGCUCCAGACCAUGUUCAUGCUCAGGUUAACAGCUCUUCAGCAGUGGGGCUGAGCUGGGGCCGUCCUGCCUUCAGCUCUGGAAAAUCAGUCGGCUAUUCUGUCCGAUAUGGCCCCGUGGCCCCAUACAACGCAUCUGCCAUACGCUACCUCCAAACGGCUGAACAGACUGUGUUGGUACAGGAACUGAAGUCUAACACACGAUACGAGUUUUCUGUGCGUUUACACAUGGAUCAAAUGUCCAGCCCCUGGAGCUCUCCUGUAUAUCAGAGAACUCUCUUAGAAGCACCCUCCUCCCCUCCCCUGGCGGUGAGAGUGACUCUGAUAGAGGAGGACACGGCGCUGGUGUCCUGGAGGCAGCCCCUGCAACCCAACCUGGCUGUGACCCACUACACCAUCCUGUAUGCCUCCCAGAGGGCGUGGCUAGCAGGAGAGUGGCAGGUCUUACAAAGAGAAGGGAGCAAUACUAUGGCUCUGCUGGAGAGGUUGGAGGCAGGUAAUGUCUACCUGGUGAAAAUCUCAGCCUCCAACCAAGCAGGUGAUGGCCCUUUCUCCAGCAUGGUAGAACUCCCUGUGCUCAAAGGGAAAAGUCACCAAGGCAAAAACCCUCGUCAUACCUACAGCCAGGCUGAGACUACGGCUUUUACAAAUGGCUUAUAUCACUUUGAUGAGAAAUCUAUGACUGGUAUUGUUAUUGGAGUAUGUAUAGCUCUGGCCUGCAUCAUUAUCUGCAUUUUCAUCCUGAUUACUAAAAGCAAAGCCAGGAAAUCCCUAUCCUCAAAGAUUACUGGACGGGUGAGUAGUGAGGUCAUGCAUAACUGUUUGCCACCAGGCAAUCAACACCAGGCAGAGAAUGCUGAAGUUGUGGUGCCAAUGAUGGGAAACAAUUUUAUCGACACUAAGGGUGGUUCAGCUUUAAUGAUAAAUUGCACUGGGCCAGUUAGUAGCAGUCAACACAAGACCAGGAAGUGGAACAUAUUCAACAGUGCAGAACACCACAUUCCAAAUAAGACUCAGGUUGUGAUGCGAGGGUGCUUUUAUGAAGUGGGUAAGACAGUGUUGCAAUAUGAGGAGAAGCAAGCAGUUUUACCUCUCCAGCCCUCCUCUCUGCAGAUCCUCUUUCGACCACUAGGGGAGUCAGAGAGCUCUCAGACCAGUGAGGGCAGCAGAGAAACGGGAGAUUCUGGAAACUUUUCUAAUGACGAUGUAGAAACCAGCAGCCCUGACACUUGUCAGCAGUCCUUUGUGGGUGAAGAUGGAAGAAGUUCUCCAGGAGAUUUUGUUAGAGAGAAAUAUGCUGGAGUAACUCAGAGGGGAGGAGAUAUCUAGCUGUGUUCUAAAUGCC